CUGCAGUCGGUCCUGGAAAGUGACACGUUCAUUCACUGCCGCUGACUUUACAUUGUGUAGUUUGUCUGUUUCCUCAAGAUCUUGACACAACCAACAAAUCUGAAUAAAAACACAUAUCACAGUUUGAGGCAUCGUCUUUGCUGACAACUAUCAAAUUUGUGUCCUUCAAGCCACUACGGGGUGCUAAAUAUCACCCAGCUGCAUGCCAAUAUGCCUGAUCACUGGCUCACCCCUGGCAGUAAUGCAGGUUGGUCUUCAGCUCACCGGCAGCACCUCAGUCUUGAUCUCAGUGCAGCCUGAACCUGUCGUCCUCAGGAACCGACACCCCAUCACCCCUGAACAUCAUCCACCAAGUCCUGAUCCAAGGAAUCGCUAAUCCUAAGCAGGUCAUGGAUGGACUGGGCCAACCGCCGACGCCACACCCACCCAAGACCUGCAGCUCACCCAAUGAGAGGCCUUGUUGGAGUGUGGAUGUGAGAGUGGCUGUGCUGCUGGUGAUGCUGGCUGGAGCUGUCAUCCUGCUGCUGCUCUACAGACUCUUACAGCUGAGACACAGGUUGAGGCUGGCCCUAGCAGGUCACGCUCUGGAAUACCACAGCUUCUACCACGCUGCUACUUACACGCUCAAACACCUUGAACCUCCUCAGGACCUGCCUAACAAAAACGGGAUAGCCCUUGAUGCUGCUCUACCGGUCCAAACUGUAACCACCGACACACCCGCCACCAUCACCCCACUCCCGCCUCCAGCACCACCACCAUCACCCCCCAUGACACUCCCCCCACCUCCUGUCUUGGCCCCACCCCCUCAAGCCCUGCCCAUGCCUAUAAUCCACACCACCCCGCCCAGCCCUCAUCUGUCAUGGGGCGCUUGCUCAGAUGUGGACGUGUACUCUCGGAUCGGAGCGUUCCGGUCCUCCAGGCUCUCCAGCCUGUCCAGCCAAUCGAAGGUCAUCCUGUUUGAACACUCCUCCCUCUGAGGGCUGACGCACAACCUGACUGACAUAAUGAUCAAAGCGUCGAAGUCAGAAGGCACAUCAGCCUGCCGUGGCACUGACAUAAAAAUAAUAACAAAAUUAAUCAGACACAGGGGUUCGCUUUUAGUACGGAU